AUGUCUACAUCGUUUCGAUUCGAAAUCAACAAAGGAAAACCAGACCAUAGUUCUAUUCGAAUGCAAAAAGCAGCCGAAAGUGAAGAGCUGCAUCUCAAACAAUUGAAAGAACUUGAACAAAAUAAAUAUCAGAAAUUCAAAUCUGAUUGGGCGGAACGAUCAGCUUGGUCCAACGUUGCCUCACGUCAAACCGCUGCGAACAAACAACGCGAACAAGAAUUGUUUCUACUUCGUAAAGCUCAUCUGACUGCUCGUCGCGCAGCAUUAGCUACGCUACUUCAAAACGAACAAGUUCUCUACGAACAUGAAUUCCGUCGAAAUGGCCAAGCACUUUACAAAGAUAUGUUCCAAGUGGAUCCUCAAUAUCCAUCGCUUAGAUUAUAA